ACGAUCCUUGGUCAUUCCGGAUGAUCUGAGUAAGAUGGCGGCUGCGCCUACUUUGCCUCAGUGCGCAAGCGGGCCUGAAGUGAUUCGUGGGCAGGUGUUCGACACCGGGCCGCGAUACACUAACCUCAGUUACAUCGGGGAGGGAGCUUAUGGCAUGGUUUGCUCUGCCCAUGACAAUGUGAAUAAAGUUCGAGUGGCCAUCAAAAAGAUCAGCCCUUUUGAACACCAGACAUACUGCCAGCGAACUCUGCGUGAGAUUAAAAUCCUGCUGCGCUUCAAACAUGAGAAUAUCAUCGGCAUCAAUGACAUCAUCAGAGCCCCCACCAUUGACCAGAUGAAAGAUGUAUACAUUGUACAGGACCUGAUGGAAACAGACCUGUAUAAAUUGCUGAAGACUCAGAAUCUUAGCAAUGAUCAUAUCUGUUACUUCCUGUAUCAGAUCCUGCGAGGGUUAAAGUACAUCCACUCUGCCAAUGUCCUUCAUCGGGAUCUCAAACCAUCCAACCUACUGCUGAAUACCACCUGUGACCUGAAGAUCUGUGAUUUUGGACUGGCUCGUGUGGCUGACCCAGACCAUGAUCAUACUGGGUUUCUGACAGAAUAUGUUGCUACCCGUUGGUAUCGAGCACCUGAGAUUAUGCUCAACUCCAAGGGGUAUACCAAGUCGAUUGAUAUUUGGUCAGUAGGCUGCAUCCUGGCAGAGAUGCUGUCUGGUAGACCCACCUUCCCAGGAAAACACUAUUUGGAUCAGCUCAACCAUAUCCUUGGUAUUCUUGGUUCACCCAGUCCAGAUGACUUGAACUGUAUAAUCAAUGUCAAAGCUAGAAAUUACCUGCAAUCUCUGCCUCACAAGAACAAAGUUCCUUGGAACAGACUGUUCCCCAAAGCUGAUGGGAAAGCUCUGGAUUUAUUGGAUAAAAUGUUGACAUUUAAUCCACAUAAGCGGAUUGAAGUGGAAGCAGCUCUUGCUCAUCCUUACCUGGAGCAGUACUAUGACCCCAGUGAUGAGCCUAUUGCCGAAGCACCCUUUAAAUUUGAUAUGGAGCUGGAUGACCUACCCAAGGAGAAGCUGAAGGAGCUGAUCUUUGAGGAGACAGCCAGGUUUCAGCCCCUCUAUCAGCAUUCCUAAACUACAGGCGCCCUUGCAUACAGGGCCAGGACUGCAGGACUGGACAUGCUCAGAGUUCAUUUGUUUCUAACUCCUCCUGAAUCCUGUCUCAUGCAUCUCAGCUUAUUCAUUGUACUCUCUCUAAAAACUCUGCCGUGGCACCUGUAACUGUGGAGAUUGUCCAUUCUGGAAGCCAUGGCGAUUGUUUGCUUGCUGUGGACUCUUUCUCAACUGGGGACGAGAUUUCACACUCCGGCUGUAUUUGUGUUUGAAAGAUGUACAGCCAGUGUGCGCACGCUUAGUAAUCUACAUCCUAUGUAACUUAGCGAUGGUGUUUGAAAGAACGCAGGACUGGUGUUUUGAGCUUUUACACAAAUUUAUGGCAGACACAUCUGAUUUCAAUAAGCACUUCAGUUUAGUUUUUUUAAUGCACUUUGAGAAAUAUCAAAGUAUAACUGAUCAUUCAGUAUUACACCUGCUCAGUGUCUGGGAACAUCAGUGACUGGUCUGUAAUUUCAGAUCUUUAAAUGCAUUGUGUGGGAUUUCUAAACCUUGUUUCAGUGAGAUCCCCUCGGCUUAAUGAAGUGUUUAGAUUUCUGAUGAAAGGAACAAUGAGACUGUAACCUGCAUUCUUUUAAACCAGUUUUGCUCUGUUGGUUGGUUGUAUAGAUUGUGUACUUGUACACUUCAAAGAAGGCUGCCCAGCCAAGGUGGUUCCCUCACUAAGUCUUUUAUAGAUUGAAAGUAAAUUACUGGUGUAUAUCCCUGAAAUAUUAGCUAUGUAAUGUUGAUGUAUAUCAAAGACACUAUUGUGUUUUACUCUGGUUUUGUUUUAAUAACAUUCCAUUCAAUAUAUUAAAAAAAACUAACUAUUCCA